CUCCAGUUCACCGCCUGUUACACAAGAAGAGGAAGUGAGAUCUUGACAACGUAGCAAUGUUUCGUUCGUGAACGCUACCGGUGUCAGCUACGUGAACACCUGCGUUCAUCGCUGUCUUUCCCAUGGGGUUGCGUGUUUGAUCAGAGUACACACACACACAGAAGAAGGAGGAGGUCAUUUUCAGCGCUAUAAACUGCUUCAGUGACCAGCUUUUCCUCUCGAGUGGCGACGUGUACAGGAACGUACACGCAUAGUGUAUAGACAGCUCACGGGCGUUAAAAUACAGCAGGCCAUUUGCUAUUUUUCAUUUACUUAUUUUAAAGUGACAGUUUAAACGGACAGUAUUUCUGCAUUAGUUUGUGAAGAUGACACGGUACACCAUGAGUACCCAGAGAAGACCUCGGACUGGCCGCCUGUGGGCCUCAUCUUUGGCAGCAUUUGUGUUGCUAAUUCUGGCCAUAAAUGUCAACGCCAGGCCGGCGAAUAUGUCAGCAUUAAAAGACAAACAUCCCAGCAGUAAAGAAGAAAAUGAGAUCCUUCCACCUGACCAUCUGAACGGUGUGAAGAUGGAGAUGGAUGGACACCUCAAUAAAGACUUUCAUCAAGAGGUGUUUCUGGGGAAGGAGAUGGAGGAGUUUGAGGAGGACUCAGAACCCAGACGGAACAGGAAGAAGCUUAUUGAAAUCUUCACCAAGGUGGAUAUCAAUAAAGACAGGAGUGUCAGUGCUAAAGAAAUGCAGCGCUGGAUCAUGGAGAAGACGGAGGAACAUUUUCAGGAAGCUGUUAGAGAGAAUAAGAUCAGUUUCCAUGCUGUGGACCCUGAUGGAGAUGGACAUGUUACUUGGGAUGAAUACCGUGUGAAGUUUUUGGCCAGCAAAGGUUUCAAUGAGAAAGAAGUAGCUGAGAAGAUAAAGAACAAUGAAGAAAUAAAGGUGGAUGAAGAAACCCAGGAGGUUCUGGAGAGUUUGAAGGAUCGCUGGUUCCAGGCAGAUAACCCUCCAGCUGAUCAGUUGUUGAAUGAAGAAGAGUUCCUCUCUUUUCUGCACCCUGAGCACAGCAGAGGCAUGCUCAGAUACAUGGUGAAGGAGAUUGUCCGAGAUCUUGAUCAAGAUGGAGAUGGAAAGUUGACUCUUGCUGAAUUUAUCUCCCUCCCUAUGGGAACUGUUGAGAAUCAGCAGGCCCAAGACAUCGAUGAUGACUGGGUUCGUGAAAGAAAGAAGGAGUUUGAAGAGGUCAUUGAUGCUAACCAUGAUACGAUUGUAACCAUGGAAGAGUUGGAGGAGUACAUGGACCCCAUGAAUGAGUACAAUGCUCUGAAUGAAGCCAAGCAGAUGAUUGCUGUUGCAGAUGAGAACCAAAACCAUAACUUGGAACUAGAAGAGAUCCUUAAAUACAGCGAGUACUUUACUGGCAGCAAACUCAUGGACUAUGCCCGCAACGUACAUGAGGAGUUCUAAUCUCCUCAAAUCUGUAAAAAAUAAGAAUAGUAAUAUGUAUGUAUAUAUCCCUUAAGGCUACACUGAGGGCUAUACAAAGUGUUGCAAGAACGAUGUUGCUCUUUGCUUGCCUUCCAGAUUGGCUCAACAAGUGCAUUUGAACAUGUGUUUGUAACUUUACAAACCUGCAAGCCAGAAAACCUUUUUUAAAAUUGCAGUACAAAGGUGAAGUCACAGGUGUGCUGUUCAAAGGUUUUCCAAGUUACAUAUGAGCUUGCCCCAUACAUUCCCCUGUAAUUAAGUUGAGACACUUUGUCACUUUCAUGAAUUGUUGAGUGUUGAUAAUUUAGAGAAAUGUAUGUAUAUGAGGAAUUUGGUCAGGGGGAAAGAGUGUGUUUCACAUAAAGGUGGAAUCAACUUAUAAAUUGAUUACUGUAAAUAAUAUAGUUACUUGGAGUGCCAUAAUAUAUACAUGUUAUAUAUAAAUGUUUUGAAAUUUUGGGUGGGUUAGUUGUAAGGCAGGGCUUUGACAGGGUUUGUAUAUUUAGUUUACUAAGCUGCAACCCCUGUUAUUUCCAAAGAUUAAGAAAAUUAUUUAGGGUGGUCAUUUUGUGAAAGCUAAAGUAUAUAGCACUUCUUUUUGGGAUCUCAUUGUUCAAUGCAAAGCAGUAAAAAAAAUUCAGUUGAGAGAGUAUAGAUUAAUAAAGCCAGAUGUGACGUAUUGUAUUAUUUGGGCACCAGGUUUUUUUGUAAGGAGCCAUUUUGUUGAAUUCAUUAUUGCGGCUGGCCUGAGUAUUGUUUUUUUUUGACUCUUAUGACUGCAAGUGAAAAUUCAAAUGACCCUGUUACCUCAGAAAUCUCUUUCAGUCACAUGCUUAUAAGUCAGUAGUUCAUUGACCCUGACAGUUUAUUUGAGAACUUGUUCCCAGACGUGGUCAUAGCGCUUUCUCCAUUAAAGUUUGUAUUUAGAGAUCUAGAAGUAAUUUUUAUAAAAGUUAAAAAUAUUUCCAAGAAUUAUACAAUAAGCUUAAGACAAAUGCAUUGAAAGGCAUACGCAACCAGAGGAACUUUUAUAAUUUUAUUAUUAUUUCAUGAUUAUGACUAAUGGAAGCAGAAUUUCAUGUAUUUUCUGGUCUUGCCUAUAUAUUUGAGCACCAAUCUCUGGUUUUGGUGUUCAAAGACAGUCUUUGAAUGUGCAAUAAUUGUUAAGCAUGCUUUGGUAAUAGUUUCAGAUUAUGAAUUUUUCGUAAACGUGUUUUUUUUUUUUUUGUGGUUUUUUUUCUGUUUGAAUUAUUGAUGACUAAGGCUUAUUUUACUUUCUUUUGCUUUGUGGUUCCCACAGAGGACUUUUUGGCUGUUUAAAUAAUAGCUCCUAAUCUAUUCACAAUCAUCGUUGUACAGAACAUUGACUGACUAUAUUGCCCUCAUCCUGUGGAAAUUCAAGUGACUUGCUUGACGUAAAGUUUUGAAAAAACCCACUUGUGUCUGAGUUUCUGAUUGCUGAACAUUGUUAAGCUUUGAAAUGCACCGUAUUGUAGUUUAUAUAUUCAUGAAAAUGAUUUUUUUCAUCCCAUAUUAAUACACUGAUCAAGCAAUGGACAAAACAUACCUCUAAACUUGACACUUUACCUCUAAAACUUUUAAACUUUCUUCAUACUUACGGUUGAAACUGUUUGCUAGAUUAGAGAGGUUGCAAAGCAAAAUCAGGCUAAAAUUGUUAUAAAAAAAUGAUAGUUAUUCUAAUCUCUAUAUGUAAUUUUGAUUAAUUGGACCCUCAUGAUAUCAGCACAUCAGGAUUGUUGACUGUUUUGUUCAUUUGUUCUGGACUAUCUUAUACCAUAAAACAAAUGUUGCAAGAUGAAGUAAAUACAUUUCUUUUGAUAUCAGGAUCAUAUCCACAUAUAAAAUUCUCAUUAAUUUGCUAGGAGGUCUGUGAACAAUUAUUGAGAAAUAAAAAGUUGCCAAAAUUCGA